GCCCCCGCCCGGUUUAGAACCUUUGAGGAUGACACUUAGAACCAAGCAGUGGGAGCCCAGGGCUUAGAAGAACCCAGACUUCUGCUCAGGUUGUUGCCCAGAUCCACAAAAUCCCCUUCCUCGACCUGGUUGGCAGGAGACUCUUCAGAGCCCUGGCUCACUCAGGUACACCAGACACCCUCAAGAGACUACGAUGGCAGCCACAAAGAUGGUGAGAGGAAGUUUGUGUUACAGCCUUCAGAUUCUUUGAUCUAAACGUGAAUGUUUGGGGAGAGAAAGGUAAAAGAGAGAAAAGGAACACCGAGUUUUCUUAUGACAGAGCCGUGGGAAGAAAUCCUACUAAUGGAAGAGUCCUUGAAUGACGAGCAUUCAGUGGAAAGGACACAGGAGGAAACGGAUGUUUUGAGCUUUGAGGAAAAGGAGUCAUCUUCAACGAGUUUCCCAAAUCGACUUGACUCCGACUCAUUGGUAUGUCUCUUCUGGGAAAACUCCGAAGAUCCAGGGGGAAGCUCCCUCCACGAUGCCUCCAGUGAGUUGAGCGUCUCCGUUGGUUAUUUCCCUUGUUAUCGAACCUCUGAGGACAUCUCCAAUAGCUCUUUACUACAGAUGCCCAACAGUAGUGACAAGACCACCAGGAGAGCUGACAGGGCCUACAGCACGAGCAGAGACAUGCAGGAUACAGCCUGGGGAGCUGAAGGCACACAUAGCGCUGUGGGCCAGGACAAUAAAAACGCUGUUAGUAAAAGCAAAACAGACAUGCCUGGAGGAGAUGCAAAGCCAUCUGAGGAUCUGGCCACAGCGCAAACCCAUUUCCUAGAGGAAGACCUAGAGGAGGCCCUGGAACCCACCUUCCCCCAAAUGGGUUUUAACAUCCAGCAAGGGACCUGGAGGAAAUUGGAACUGAACCUUUCAAAGUCACCAAGCGAGAGAUUGCAGAGGAUCAAAAGCAAGGCAAACGAGAGGCACCAGAGGAGGGCUGGCAGGUCCGAAGAGAAGCCUAGAACAGAGAGCUGGCAGUGCUCAUUGCCUCUGCUCAACGGUGUGCUUGGAUGGGACACCUGGAGACGGUGGGGCACAUACAUGCUCAGUUCCCAAGAAGAAGAUAAAGAAGGCCUUUGCUGUCCUUCAAGGGAGUCUCCGAGCAGUAGCCCUGCCACAACCCAAUCGGAAUCGGGAUCUUCUAUUGAUUCAUCUUCAUCUUCACCUUCACCUCGCCUGGGUUUUUCUCGGCUCUUAUACUGGGUCCAGCAAGCCUUUUCAAGAAAAGUGAACCCUCUGACCCAAAACAAGCAGAGAAAUGAGGAGGCAAAUGAAGCUAGACCCUGGGGCUCCAAACUGUGGAGGUGGUUUUUACUGAAGACCCUCAACCUUAGAAAAGGGGUACAAUCUUGCUCAGAGUGAGCGAGCACAGCAGUGGCUAGCUGCAAGGGCUCCUGGCCCAACAAGUAAUCCCGAUUCUCUUUUCCGAAUAAAUGUUUACCUUCAACAUCCUA